GCGCUGGAGUAAAAAGGAGUCUUUAGGUCAGGAUGUACUACCUAGGUACAUGGGCAAGAAUAAAUCAGUCUUCUUGCCCACGAACAUUGGGAACGCUACUGGAACCGGAGGAAGGGGACAUCAAGAGCUGUCCGGUGUCUCUGGCGAUGUUUCGAGCAGGCGGCAUGCCUUACAAGAGCGCGACAACCAACACACGGACUACACAGCCCACAUUUGUAAAGCACGCGAUCAAUCAUCUGUGAAGCAGUCGGAGUUUGUAGAGCGCUGCCGCAUCCGUGAUGCCAAAAAACACAAAUGCGAAAUCUGUUGUAAACUGUUCCGCUAUGCUAGUCACCUAGAUGAGCAUAAGCGCACGCAUACAAACGAGAGACCCUUCAGAUGCGAAAUAUGCGAUAAAAUGUUUCGGUGUUCUCAUCACCUAAAUGACCAUAAGCGCACACACACAGGCACGAGACCAUACAAAUGCCAAAUAUGUCCGAAAUCGUUCCGGUAUCGUGGUAAUCUAAAAGUCCAUAUGCGCACACAUACAGACGAGAAACCGUACACUUGCGAAACGUGUGGUAAAUCAUUUCGGCGUGCUGAUUACCUAGGUUUCCAUAAACGCUAUCAUACUGGCGAGAAACCCCACUCUUGCGAAACAUGUGGUAAAUCAUUCGUGCGGACGACGGAUCUGCAUAGCCACCAGCUCACUCACACGGACGAGAGACCCCAUGUCUGCCAUAAGUGUAGUAAAUCAUUCAAAGCGAAACGCGUUCUCAAGCGUCAUCUCAAAUCGUGUUGUAGAAAAGGAGCUUUCGUUUGCGAAAUAUGUGAUGAAUCCUUUACAGACAACUCGCAUCUCAGUCAUCACCGCCAAAGGGUGCACGGGGAUAAAACACUGUCUGAAUGAUUUCGCUUCGCAGAGAAACACUUGACCGACACCUGUGUCAAAAUUUCAGGUGUCUCUUAUCUGUAGAUUGAUUUGAAGACGCAAUUCAACUGAAUACAUGCCUCGUGACGCCUAAGGGUGUGCAUUCGUAAUAUUCUAACUAGUGCGGAAGACAAGUAAAUCUCCCGCGGAUUUACGUGAGAGUAAACCGUGCAGGGGAAACACAUUGACAUUCGUUUACAGGAGCUAGUAACCAACUGAACGCAUCGCAUGCAGAGACCGGCUUCUUUUAAUAUUUAAAACAGCUGAUUUAAAUGCUCGUUUCUUAAACUUAGAAGACGAGGCAUUGUCGCCACAAUUAUCUAUCGCGCUUCUGUGUCGAAGGUCCUGGACCACGCUAUCUGUCUGCCGAACUAUGUUCGCGAGCGCCGCUUUAACAAGCUUUUUACAAGACAAAACCUGAUGGGCUGCAAGUAUUUAUUUUUUGUAAGUACAAGCUUGAAAUAUUCGCACAAGACCAUUGACAACUUGCUUAGUUAGAGAAGCGCAUUCAGCAACCGUUUUGGAUUAACUAUCCUUUUAGUGAUUCUGUUGUGUGAAUAGAAGAAAAAACAUCUCAUUAGGAAGCAUUUAAAAAUAAGGAGUCUUUGCUUUGUCAACUGAAAAGUAAUCCCUGAUAUUAUUUUAUGUUUCGGAGCCGAGUUGUUUUGGUUGUUUUGCGACCGACAAUACUUGCAGGAGCCUUUACGAAAGUGUAUGGCCACAUUGUACAGAUAGAAAAAAAGUAUUUUCGUAACAUUCUUCUCAAUGCAGUCAAUAUUUUAAUUUCCUCUUUGCCUCUUAUAGUUUUACCGACGAUCUUUGCAGUAUCCCGUAAACUAAGCUGAUGACAGCAGUGAGGCUAUAAAAUUCUAAUAGUUUUAAGCUUCACUAUGCGAUUUGUUCUCCUUCAAUAGAAUUUUAGUUAUUCUUUUUUCAUUGUGGUAGAAUCUCCGUCAGUUCUAAAUUGAAGAUUUUAUCCCCAAUAACGUCAAAUUUUUUUACUAGGCCUGCUCUCUACUUAGAGCCAUAAAAUCUUAGUCUGAUAUGACAAA